AGUCUCCUUUGACAAUCGUGUGGUUGAAGAAGGAUAUGCUAGCAUUACUGCUGCUGCACUAAAGUAAUCUGGAACGGCUUUGACAGAAAUCUUGGGAUUAUUGUUGAUUUUAAUAUUAGAUUGGCUAGAUUAAACUAAGGAUAUAGACAAGGUGAACAUUUUCAACCAUGAACAGAUUUCGAAAGUGGUUUCACAAACCUAAGAAAUCGGACCAACAAUUGCUCGCCCAGUUCUACUGUGCUGAUGAAGAGCUGAGGCAAGUGGCUGCCAAGCUCAACAGCCUGAAUGGCAAGAACGAACCCCAACGCUGUGCCCUGCUGGUCAGCCAGUUCCGCUCCUGCCAGGACAAUGUGCUGAGCAUCCUCAACCAGAUCAUGAAUGAGUGUAUUCCAGGCGAGAGAGCCAACCGAGACUUCUAUGUCAAGUUCCCAGACGAGAUCCAACAAGAGAACCUGGAAGGCCAGCUGUGGUUUGGAGCUGAGUGUUUGGCUGCUGGCUCCAUCAUCAUGAACCAGGAGGCUGAGAGCGAGGCAAUGCGUCCCCUAGCAAAGGAACUGACUCGCUGCAUAGAUGAAGUACGGAACAUCGCCCGUGACCAGGCUCUGCGCAAUCGGAACAUCUAUACAGAGCUACUGUGCCAGGCCUUGAGAAAAUUUGACAACCUGUUUGCAGGUUUCGAGUUCAGCUAUGUUUCAGCCAUGGUACCAGUCAAGUCCUUUAAACAGUAUGACAUCCAACAGGAUGUCACUGUGCUGUUCUGUGAGACAGUGUCCAGGGCACUAAAACGGGGAUAUAUCACUCAAGACCUGAUCGAUGACUAUGAGCCUGCACUCAUGUUUACAAUCCCACGAUUAGCUAUAGUGUGUGGUCUAAUGGUGUUUCCUGAUGGCCCCAUGAAGCUGGAUGGUGAGUUGGAGGACAUGUCUGAGUUAUUCAGGCCCUUCCACUCUUUACUGAAGAAAAUUAGGAAUCUCCUGCGCACGCUCAAGGAAGAAGAGCUUCAUUCGUUGGAACGCAACCUCUGUGUCACUCAUGAAGAGGGUUUGGUUGCCCGCCGCUGUUCAUCAGCCAUACCACAUUCAGCCAUCACUCUGGCCCAGCAACUAGAGUAUACCAUGCAUGGGAAGCAGGGGGCAAAGUCCCAGUCAAGUGUUCCUCCUCAGGCAUGUGUCGUGAUGGAGGAGGACAAGGAGGACAACCCUUCCCUCCUGCAAGUUGAACCUGGCCGUUUAGAGUGGGACCCAGAGGUUGAGCUGUCAUCCUCCAUGCAGACUGACAUCAUGGAGAUGGAGCUGCUCAGCAUGAUGUUCUACCAGGCGGGAGAUGAGAUGUCCAGCUUUCUGUCCCCAGCACCCAGCCAGACUUCAUCUCCUUACCCCCAGAGGAGGGGGGCUGCCAGCCUCACCCCCAGCCCCAUGGCCUCUCCUCUCAGGCUCCGCAGGGCUGGGAGCAGAGUGUCGUCUGGUGGUUGGUCGUCUGGUGGGUCAAGUGUAGACAAAGAGGAGCGUGUCUUCUACAUGGAUGACUUGGACGGGACACAGAAGCAAGGCUAUUCCCUUCCUAACUCCCCAUAUCUGAAUAUGAGGCGGAACAUGUCUUGCCCUUCUUCACCGUGGACCAGCUUGUCCAGGAAGUGUGCGGAGGCAGCCCUCCAGCGCAGCAAGAACUGGCCCAGCAGUAGCAGGCUCUCGAUCCCAGACCCUGGGGCUCUCUCUGUCCCCCCCAUCUGCCUGAAUGGGGAGGGGUUGAGCCAGAAUGUGAGCCAGGAUGUUUUAGAGACGGCAGAGCUGAUUGCACUGAGGAUGAAGGGGAUGAAACUCUCUGCAACUGUGAUCAAUCCCCCAUCUCCCAACCUGUCUACCUGGACCGAGAAGGUGAAAGAGGAAAAAGAUGACGAUGAAGACGACGAUGAAGAGGAUUCACAGCUGCAGUCUCUGAAUGAAGGGGCCACAUACUGCCAGAUCAGCCCCUGUAUCUGCCUCCAGUGCCCCAGUCUGCAUAUAUUCCCACCAGACCAUGACACCUACAGCUGCCUGACUCCCCAAACCCAAGGUCCCCCCUUAUCUGCUGUUAGAAGCCCAGCUCUGAGCCCCAGGGAACAGGGGAAGGAGAGGAGCCAUGUGCUGGGCCCACGGUUCUCUUCACUACGGGCCAAGGGUCAACAGAGAGAUGGUGUUCCAGCAUCUGUUGCCUGCCCCAGCCUGACCCAGUGGAGAACCAAUGGAGAUGGGAAGGCUGAACAGAUAGUGGUAGAGGCAGAGCCAGAGGAAUACACCCUGUCUCAGUUCAGCUAUCAACCCAGCAGUAAUAACACAGAGGGGAUUGAGCAUCCUGACAUCCAGUUGGCCUGCCACAAUAUCCGAUCCCGUUUCAAUAGCAGCGGUGACCUCCUUCACCGUCUGUUUGUGUGCAUCUCAGGUGUUGCAGACCAGCUACAAAGCAACUACUCCAGUGACCUAAGAACCAUAUUGAAGACACUCUUCCAGAUAAUGACGACUAAGACAGUUCUUGCAGAAGAAGACAAGCAAAGGAAAGCAUCCUUAGGCCUGAGUAACAAGGCUCUGGAGGACUGUGCCUUGUGUAUGGAGUGGCUGUCCUCCUCCCCAUCAAUGGAGCAAGAUGUCCAAUGUGAAGCGCUCCCAAACUGGGUUCCUGAUGAGGCCUGUAGCGUCUGCACAGCAUGUAGCGCCCCCUUCACCUUAAUACGCAAGAAGCACCACUGCAGGAGCUGUGGCAAGAUCUUCUGUUCUCGCUGCUCUGCCCGCUCAGCGCCUCUACCGCGGUACGGCCAGGUCAAGGCUGUGAGGGUAUGCACCCACUGCUACAUGUUUCACGUCACGCCAUUCUGCCCCUGGAACAGCAACUGACUCAACCCUGGCCCUUAUUAUUCUAUCAAUCCAACUGUUUAAGGUAGUUUACUAGCUUAUCAAUUAAAUAGGCAUUCACAAUGUGGUACCUGUUUUUUGUGACUUUUAGAUGUGUAUUAGUAUCAAAAUGUCAUACAAAAUGUUUCAACAUGUGGAGGACCUUCAAUCGUUUGUAUAAUAUUUGAAUAACAUUUUAUAUUGAGUGUUUUUCUUUCUACAACAUCACAACUGGGCACUGACAUGAGUGAAACCUCUCAGAAUGUUUAUUACUUUAAGACAAGACAGAUAUUUUAUUCUGCUUCAAUCCUUGAGUUGUAGCCACACCAUCUGAUUUCACACACAUAUGCAAGAACAAGAGUGCUUUCUCACUACUUAGGAGUGGUUGACAAUGUCAAACUGAGUGAGAGGGAUCAUUAGAUAACAAUAUCAUUUCAUUCAGCUAGCAGUGCUUUCUUUAACCAUUCGUUUCACAAGUUCACAAAGAUACAAUAUAACUGUUGUGUUGCACAAUAUCCACUACUUUGAAUUGUUAGGCUGCUGGGCACAUACAGCUUAACUUUCUUCCGUGCUACUUUUACAUUGUCAGCAACCUAGUUGGACAAUUCAUUGUACUGAAAAACACAUCAAGCAUCUCCACUAGAAGAUCCAUCAGACAGAAUUAACAUUAAAAGAAAGUGAGCAAUUAGCCCUCUGAUUCAUUUUCUUCCCCCCAAAACAACUAUUUCAAUCAUGGAUAACACCUGAAAGAUAAGAGCUGUAAAAAAAGAAGAAGCACAUUCAAAGACUUCAAGCAUUUCAAAACUUCAGCUCAAACAGAACUAAUUUUGUCAAAUCAAGCAGGACAGAACAAGCCCUCCCCCCAGUGUCCCCAACGUAAAGGUUCAGACAGUCAAGGGAGACUUGACACAGAA